AUGCGCUUGCCUUUGAACGAACUUCGAUGGUUGAAACGGGCUGCUUUGGACUCUAACCGUCCUCUCGAGCACUUGAUCCAACGUCGUCUCAAUCGUGAGCCUCUUCAGUAUAUCAUAGGCACCCAGCCUUUUGGCGCGUUAGACAACAUUCGGGUACGCCCUCCCGUGCUCAUACCACGUCCAGAAACCGAAGAAUGGGUCAUUCGACUCGCGGAAUAUCUUUGCUCCUCUGACUGGUCCGCAAGCCGUCGUAUUUCUUUGCUAGACCUUGGCACCGGUUCUGGUUGCAUUCCGCUUUUGCUAUGCCACCUUUGUCCAAAUAUUGUGGCGAAUGGAAUUGACAUAUCCCCUCAUGCCGUUCAACUAGCCAAUGAAAAUGCCAAACUCUGCGGCAUCCCACAUUCCAGAUUCAAGGCUUCUUUGUGCGACUUUGUACACCCAGGUUUUCCGAAGGCCGAAACGAUCAAUUCGCCCUACGAUAUUCUUACAUCCAAUCCUCCUUACAUCACGUCUGACGAAUAUCUUCAGCUAAGUGACGAUGUUGCAAAGUUCGAAGAUCCAACGGCCCUUAUAGGUGGUUGUGAUGGUCUAGAAUUCUAUCGUGUCAUCGCCGGUCUCAUCGCUCGCGACGGAUUUCUAUCGCCUAAGGCCGUGGUAGCGCUUGAAGUCGGUCACAGUCAAGCAGCAGCGGUCUGUGAUAUAUUAAGCCCGACAGGAUUCAAAACCAGCAUUUGGAUGGAUUCAUGGGGCAAAAAACGUACUAUUAUUGCCCAGCGCCAGUGA